AUGUCAACCAUGGAAGAAGAUGAGGAUGUCGUCAUGGCCGGCAUGGCUCCGCCUACCAUGAUUCCCAUUGGCCCCGGUCGUCCUUCGAGUACUACUCCGGAGAAACCUCCCAGCCCUCUGGAAUUAAAUGGAGUAACAACAGCCCCAGUUCCCGAUGAAACACCAUUAAUCCAGUCAUUCCGAGAGAAGCUCCCUAUUUCUAUAAAUAUUGCCAAAGACGCCGACUCCCCACAGGACCAUGCUACAGUUUCCACCCCUGAAAGGAUAUCGCCAGAGGAAUCCAAAUCUAACACAGACGAGGACAGCCUGGUCGAAGAAGAUUCCGAUUGGCCCAAUGACAUGGCCGAAGAGAACAAGGGUUUGCCCCUUGCGUCUCUUCCCACAGGUCUAUGCUAUGAUAUUCGCAUGCGUUAUCACUGCGAAGUCAAGCCGACUUUGGACGUCCAUCCGGAAGAUCCACGGCGAAUUUAUUACAUUUACAAGGAGCUUUGCAAGGCAGGGCUGGUUGAGGAUCCCGAGUCUUCAAAGCCGCUCGUCUCUCUGCCGCUACACCGAAUACUGGCAAGAGAUGCUACUGAGGAAGAGAUAGCGUUGGUGCAUGAUCCGGAACAUUAUGCUUUUGUUAAAAGCACGAAAGAUAUGUCCGAGGAUGAUUUGAUCGCGCUUGAACACACGCGGGAUUCGAUUUAUUUCAAUUCCCUCACAUUCACAUCUGCCAUACUCUCGUGUGGUGGCGCCAUUGAGACGUGUAAGGCCGUCGUGGAUCGCCAGGUGAAGAAUGCCAUUGCGGUAAUCAGGCCGCCGGGCCAUCACGCUGAACAUAACAAAACUAUGGGGUUUUGUUUGUUUAAUAAUGUUUGCGUUGCGGCCAGGGUAUGCCAGAGAGAGUUCGGAGAAAAGUGUCGGAAGAUAUUGAUUCUGGAUUGGGACGUACAUCAUGGAAACGGCAUCCAAAAAGCUUUCUAUGAUGAUCCGAACAUCCUUUAUAUAUCUCUUCAUGUGUAUAGGGAUGGCUCCUUUUAUCCCGGUGGUGACGAAGGUAACUGGGACCGCUGUGGUGAAGGGAACGGAUUUGGAAAGAAUAUCAAUAUUCCCUGGCCAACACAAGGGAUGGGUGAUGGCGAUUACAUGUAUGCCUUCCAGGAAGUGAUAAUGCCCAUAGCUUAUGAAUUCGAUCCAGAUCUAGUUAUCAUAUCUGCUGGUUUCGAUGCGGCUGCCGGUGACGAAUUAGGAGGAUGCUUUGUAACCCCUCCUUGCUAUGCCCAUAUGACCCGUAUGCUUAUGAAUUUGGCUGGUGGUAAAGUGGCUGUUUGUCUAGAGGGAGGGUAUAAUUUUAGAUCAAUAUCCAAGUCUGCGCUUGCUGUAACGAGGACAUUGAUGGGUGAACCGCCCGACCGUCUUUAUUCGGCAUCUGCAUCGAGACCUGCAGUGCACACCGUAAAGAGAGUCGCAAUGAUUCAGUCAGCGUAUUGGAAAAGCAUGUAUCCGAAAGGCCCUCCGGAGAUAUUCCAGGGUAAUCGGAUGCACGAUAUCAUACGGCAAUACCAAGCGAAACAGCUUUACGAUGAUUGCAAACUUACAAAUCUUUACAUAUAUCGAGACACAAUCUCGAAAUCAUUUGAGAAUCAAGUGCUCGCGAGUCCUGAACUCAUGGGCAUUCCACACCCUGUCACCAACAUAUUGGAACCACAUAACUGCUGGAUUGCUGAUGUCAUCAAGGACUAUGUCUCAUGGGCCAUUCAGAACAAUUUUGGCGUCAUUGAUGUCAACAUUCCCAAACACAUUACUUUAUCUAAGAAAUCGAACACGUACCAAGAUGAGACCCGCACACGAAUGCAGAUGAGUGACCAACUUGCCACGUAUCUUUGGGAGAAUUAUAUCGAACCCAACGACGCAACAAGCAUUUUUUUCCUUGGGGUAGGUGAUGCAUAUUACGGUCUAACAAACCUCUUAGUGAAUACAGAACGAGUUCACGAACGCGUUAAUGGUGUCAUCUCAUUCGUGGCUGAAAACCCCGUCCGCGCUGUCUCGAGCAACACCACCACCUGGUUGUCGAAAUGGUAUAAAGAUAACUCCAUGGUCUUCGUCUCGCACCUGCACAGUGUCUGGUCCGGGCCAGAAAACAGUCGCAAGUUCUCGAAACGGCAUGGCCGUCUGAUCCGCUCACCUAACCGGGGGCUCAAUGAGAUGCUUAAUGCGCAUAAGGAGCAAGUGUUUAAGUUCAUAGUGGAUAGAGUGGAAGGAGCAGGUGUUGAGGAGUGA